CAGUGCGCAUCCGCUGCGCUGCUGCUGCACGAAGAAGAACUUUCGGGGGAAGAUGCACGAAGAGGAGGAUGGCAGCGAGACGGACUCCUGCAAAGCUCCGCGGGUCGUGGCCGCCAAGUCCGUGGACAUGGCUGAGGUGCAGGGCGCGAAGGAGCAGCAGGCUGCCUCGAGGCUGUGCGGGUAUUUGAACAAACUGUCCGGCAAGGGGCCGCUGAGGGGGUUCAGGCCGAGGUGGUUCGUGUACGAUCCGAGGAAGUGUUACUUGUAUUACUUCAAGACUCCGCAGGAUGCACUGCCACUCGGACACAUCGACAUCGGCGACGCCUGCUUCUGCUACGACGUGGAGGGAGAAGAGGGUCAGUUUGAGAUUCGCACCGCGGAGAAGGAGUUUCUCUUCAGGGCCCCCAGCAAGCAGGUAAUGCAUUACUGGCUCCAGCAGUUGCAGCAGAAGCGUUGGGAGUACAGCAGCACACGAGGCUCCGGCCAGAGAGACAGCUGGAGCUCCCCAACCCUGUCCUUCCCUCCCACUGGCCUUGUCGGCAAAGACAAUGUUUGCAUUGUAGAUGGUUCCAUCUUUGACAAGCUGAGCAGCAGCAUGGAGAAGGUGCGUAGCGACUUUGCCAUGGAGACAGAAACAGAAGGCGGAGCAAUGGUGGGGAUCCAGUCAGCGAGAGGGUCCUUACCUGGGACCACAAACCCACUCAACUUUUCACUCAAAAACUUUGGUACAGAUCUCAGGAACUCAAUGUCUUAUCUGCGGCAAGGCAAAGGAGCUGAGAGCAGGCGCAGUGUCUUCUACACCAGUAACAACAGCGCAGAAGAGUGGGAGUUAGUGGAUGCCCCACCCAAAGACUUCCCUGAACAGAAACAGCAUCCAGACAACCAUAGACAUUCCUUUGGAUCAGCAUUUACUUUCGACUUUGUGCGCAACUCAGCGAGGCCCAAAAGGCCUCUGCUUCGGGACAUGAUGGGCUCUGGGAGGUUUGGGCGCAGCGCUGAGACACGCAGUACUGAGAGCUCCCCGGUGGAGUGUAAUGGCAGCAAACCCUUGGAGAUGCAGCUUCGUCUCCAGAGCCAGCAGGAAGAACUGAGCCGCAUGCAACAGGAACAGGCCAAACUCCGAGAGGAACUCUCCGGUCACAAGGAGCUGGUGAGACUUCUUCAGCAAACUCUAAGGACGUCUCAGUGCGACAGGCCAACAGCGCGCUGUCCGGCCCCAGCUCCUGAUGCCUCUGCAGCCACAGACCAGACUCAGACUCCCGCGGUAACCCAGGAAGAAAUCACCCAGCUGGAGAGCCUGCUUCAAGAAAGAGACGGACAGAUCCAGUCGCUGUGUGGCCACAUGGAGCGCCUCGCCUUAGAGAAGGAGAGCCUGCAACAGGAGCUAAAAGGCUUGAAGAUAAAAGUGGGGGAAAUGAAUGACCAGCUGGGGAUGCUGAUGGAGACCAUCCAGGCUAAAGAUGAAGUCAUCAUGAAGCUUUCGCAGGAGAGCUCUGAGGACGGCGGGAGUGCCAGUGACACCAGUUCACUGUCUCCCAACAAAGAGCAGCAGGAGCUGGACAUCCUCAAGGACAGUCUCCAAGGCUACAAAUCUCAAAACAAGUUCUUGAACAAAGAGAUCCUGGAGCUGACAGUAUUGCGCAGAAAUGCAGAGAGUAGAGAAAAGGCUUUGGAAGCAAAGUGUAUCGCGCUGGAGGCCAAGUUGUGUCAGGUGGAGAGUAAAUAUCUGGUGCUGCUUCAAGAAGUGAAAAACCCAGUCUGUUCCUCCUCAGAGCAGAAUCCUGCCCAUGAGGUCAUUUCCAGAUUAUUGGAGGAUGCCCUGCAGGCAGAGGGCUCUGAACAGCAAGAACAUCCCAUCUUUAAACCAAACACUGUCAGCGAGUAUGACGUGUUUGGCUUCAAGACGGUGCCUGAAGAGGAGGAGGAGGAAGAGAAGCUGGUUGCAAAGGUGAGAGCCUUGGAGCUCAAGUCCUUGUCCAUGACAAAUCAGGAGGUGUCCGUUGGAGUGAAGUGGGAGAACUAUCUGGCCAGCACCAUGAACAGAGACCUGGUGCGCUCCCCUGAGCUCAAAUCCCUGAUUCGCUGCGGUGUUCCCCACGAGCACCGGUCCCAGGUGUGGCGCUGGUGUGUCUCCUUCCAUGUCAAAAAGUUCCGGGACCAUUUGGCAGCAGACUAUUACGAGACCUUGCUGAAUGUGGCCCGGGAUAAACCCAACCCUGCUUCGAAGCAGAUCGAGCUGGACCUGUUGCGCACUUUGCCAAACAACAAGCACUAUGCUUCUCCAAGUGCAGGCGGCAUCCAGAAACUCAGGAAUGUCCUGAUGGCAUUCUCCUGGAGGAAUCCGGAUAUCGGCUACUGUCAGGGACUGAACAGACUGGCUGCCAUCGCCUUGCUGUAUCUGGACCAAGAGGAUGCCUUCUGGACUCUUGUAGCCAUAGUGGAAGUUUUCAUGCCAAGAGACUAUUACACCAAGACUCUGCUUGGCUCGCAGGUUGACCAGCGCGUGUUCAAGGACCUGAUGUGUGAGAAGCUGCCCCGGCUUCAUGCCCACUUUGAGCAGUACAAGGUCGACUUCUCCCUCAUCACCUUCAACUGGUUCCUGGUGGUGUUUGUGGACAGCGUAGUGAGUGACAUUCUCUUCAAGAUCUGGGACGCCUUUCUGUUCGAAGGCCCAAAGAUCAUAUUUCGCUUCGCCCUGGCUCUCUUCAAGUACAAGGAGGAAGAGUUUUUGAAGUUGGAGGACUCCACCGCAAUCUUCAAAUACCUUCGAUACUUCACAAGAACAAUCCUGGAUUCGAGGAAGCUGAUGAGCGUCGCGUUUGUGGACAUGAACCCUUUCCCCAUGAGACAAAUCCAGAACCGCCGCUCCUUUCACCUGGAGAAAGUGCGACUGGAGCUGACCGAGCUGGAGGCGAUCAGACAGACCUUCCUCAGGGAGAGAGAGUCGAGUCAGGACGGCCGGAGCUUCGUCAGUGACGAUGAGGAGGACAACUGACGUGCUCCCACUCACAGCUGAUGAUGUUGUAAAAAAAGGGAUUUUAUUUUGUAAAGAAUUGUCGGAGUCGGUCUCCGCGUCAGCACCGGACCAAUCACUUUAUAUACAUGUUGAGAGAGAUCGCAUCAAAGGACCGGUGACAUUACAGGCCACGUGUGGUUGCUGUCAGUAUUUGUGUAAAUACUUUGUUUGCUGUAAGCGUGUGUGUUUACAUGAUUGUCAAAACCUUUUUGUUUGUCUUUCCGAGUGCCAACUUUAACACCGUCCAAAUCAGGGUUUAUAAAACCAUGGCUGUGAUCUUUUUUUCCCAUUUUUUCUAAUCUUGUUUUAAGAUGUUUUUAUGUUUUCUGUGUCUGCGUCGCCAUUCUUAAAUGGCUCAUGAUGAUUGUUGUACUUUUUUUUUUUUUUCACAUUACCACUGGACAGCACAUAUUUUGUGUCUGCUCCCUGUGCCUGAGCUUAAAUCACGUAUGCUGAAAGUCAUAUUUUCGGUAAAACUUAACAAAAGUUAACAUUCCAGGUUGAACAGCAAGCACAUUCAGUUUUUUUUGUUUUUUUUUUUUAAAUCCUUCCAUUGAUAAUCACUCAGAAAAUGAUGUGGAAUAUUUUAGGAAUGACUGCGACUGGAAAUGAAUGUUUUUAUCUUUGGAUUCAGGGGAUUCUAGCGUAAUGUUGGUGAGUUACAUUUAUGUUAUCUCCUCGUAUCUGAAGUACCACUCAAUAUUUACACCCAGAAUAAGCGGACAAUUCAUUUGACCUUACAUUUUUACUGAAACAUUAACGUCCAUAUAACAUGCCUUAUUAUUAUUUCUCUGUCUGUUUUUAGUAAUGUUGUCCCCAAAAACCUACUCUGCAGAAUGUAAAGUACAUGUGUGAAAUGCUGGGAUUGCUGAAGCAUUUGCAUCGAUUGGCCUCUGUGUGGCAGUGUAACACAUGUUUUGCCAGCGUUUACACUCAUUCACAGGUACCAUUAAUAUGCUAUAUUUCAGCUUGGGAUAAAAUAGCUACAAUGUGAGUUUGUCAGUGGGACUGUUGCCAUGGAGACAUGAUUUUUUUUUUCUAUCAUGGGGGUAAAAACAUUUUUCCAGGAGAAACAUUUAAGGUACUAACACGUGACAGUUUACUCCUCAGUGCCGUGGCUUUAUUCUCUACAUUUCCUUUUUUCAUGGUUUAGCACUAGUGCUGUUUUGCCGUCUGAAUGCCAUGUAAGUGGGAGGACGGUUUUCUUCAUUUUCUUUUGCGUGAUGAUGUAUUGUUUACAACUCGUUACAGCAUUCUCUGCUUUCAUUUUCCUUUAUGAUUCACAGAGAUGUGGUCGGCAAAAUAAUUGUGCAUGCAAUCUUUGUCUCACCGAUCAAACCUGUGAACAAAUGACUUGAGUGAAAUUGUUAUCGUGAUAGAAUUAAAGUCUUAAGUCUUUUUUUAUUUCCUCAUGAGAGCAGGUCUCUCUGAAACCAUUCAGUUAAAGAAACAAACUUUUUUUCCUCCCCCUUUGGUCCACUCAUUAUGUUAUACACAUAGUUUUGUUCUAAGAUUAAUUUGCAUCCAUUUCAUUCAUGUCAUUUUCUUGUCUUUUUAUUUCUUUUCUUUUUAUUUGUUUUGCUUUUUCUCUGCACCGUAUUGCACAAAAAGGAUGAUUUCACAAUAUUAUUUGGCACUUGACUUUGUUUUCCAAGCUUGUAUGUUACAAAAACAAGCAUACACCACUAUACUUUUGUGUAAUACCAGUUGAAGGUCAAAUUCAAUAAACUUUGUCUGACAGAAA